AUGUCGACUAUAACAAAUGAUAAGUUAGAAAAAAUAGCUCACGAUUGGGUGGCAAUUGACCCAAACGAAAAAACAAAAGCAGAGAUCCUACACCUUAUCAAUGACAAACAAUACGAUAAACUUCAACGCAAAUUGUACCCUCGUAUAGCAUUUGGAACUGCUGGAUUGAGGUCAUCCAUGGAGUCUGGUUUUGCUCAUAUGAAUGACGUGACUGUUUUACAAGCCUCACAAGGUCUCGUUGAAUACCUUCUGACUAAAUUUGCCAAUCCAUCAAUUGUUGUCGGGUACGAUCACAGAUUUCAUUCACAACGAUUUGCCGAAAUAUUAGCCAGUGUAGCAUUGCUCAGGGGCUUCACUGUUUAUUAUCUUGGGUCUAUAAAUAACUUUUCAUCUGAAUCUUUGAAGAGUUACAAAGGAGGCUUCCAAAAUAACGAAGGUGCCAGUAGAGAAUAUGUCCAUACACCAUUGGUUCCAUUUGCAAUUGAUCAUUUGAAAGCAUCUGGUGGUGUAAUGAUAACUGCUUCACAUAACCCAGCUAAUGAUAACGGAUAUAAAGUGUAUUAUGCCAAUGGUUGUCAAAUCAUCCCACCUCAAGAUGCCGAUAUUGCUCAGUCGAUAGAGAAAAAUUUACAUCCAUGGAGUGAUGAUGUUUGGCGUGUCAUUGAAAAUUUUGAAAAGGGGCUAAAGGCAGAUAAGUUGAAAUGUGUCAAACCUGAAAUUGUUAAGCAAUACGUUGCAGCUGUCAAGAAAAAGCUUGUCAAGGAAACUCGUCUUGAUUUUAAAUUUAUUUAUACUCCAAUGCAUGGCGUUGGGUUGGAGAUUUUUGAGCAAUGCAUUGAUUUAUUUGACACCAAGAGUUUCAUUGUUGUUGAAAAGCAAAGCAAACCUGAUCCAUCAUUUCCGACUGUGAGUUUCCCCAACCCAGAAGAAAAAGGGGCAUUAGACUUGGCUAUUGAGCAAGCACAACAGACCAAAUCCGACUUGGUCAUUGCAAGCGACCCUGAUGCUGAUCGUUUCAGUGUUGCUGUUGUUGAUAAGCAAGGCAAAUUCAAACAAUUGACUGGUAACGAAAUUGGGUUCUUGUUCGCCAUGUAUGUGAUUGAAAACAUGGACAAGGCAAAAUUGUCUAAUACUUAUCUAUUGAACUCAACAGUUUCAUCUCAAGUGUUGAAAUCGAUGGCUGAGAAAGAUGGUUUUAAUUUCAUUGAUACAUUAACUGGGUUUAAAUGGAUUGGGAACAAAGCCAUUGAUUUGGAAAACGAAGGUCACUUUGUCCCCUUUGGGUACGAAGAAGCAAUUGGAUUCAUGUUUGACUUGGUGCACGAUAAAGAUGGAAUUUCAGCAGCUGUUGUAUUCUUGCAGUUGUAUCAGCAAUGGUUCAGUAAAGGUGAUUUGGAUGUCAUAGACAAGCUAGAGCAAGGGUAUAAGAGAUAUGGAUGGUUUAAAGACUUGAAUGGGUACUAUAGAUUAGAAGAUGUUAGCCUCACCCCCAAGAUAUUUAAAGCGGUUAGAGCGUCGUAUUCGGGCCAUGAUCAACCACAACAUAUUGGUGACUUCAAAGUCACGUACUGGCGCGACUUGACUAUUGGAUUUGACUCAUCAACUCCCAACCAUGAGCCUAUUUUACCGGUUGAUCCUCAUUCUCAAAUGAUUACUGCAAUACUUGAACCAACAGAAAAGUCACAAGAUGAUAAAGAUAUAUCAGUAAGAUUCACGUGCCGUGGAUCAGGAACAGAGCCAAAGUUGAAAGUUUAUAUUGAAGGGAAAUCGAGUACCAGUGAAUCUGACGCUUUAAAGAUAGCUGACGAUUGUUGGGAAACUUUGAAAAGAGAAUGGUUCAAGCCUGAAGAAUAUGGCUUGGUGGAAGUGAAGCCAUAG